AUGUCAUACGCUCUAACCCAAAGACUUAGGCCUGUGAGCUUUGUCGCAGGUGGAAAGUCAAAUGCGAAAGGACAUGCGACCAUGCUACAUGUUCUGUUUGUCAACGGCGAGGUGCGGUUUGUGUUCGGACGAGUCGACCGUGUGUAUCUCGGCGUCCUGGUAUCGGGUGAGAAAUUGGAGGCCCACACCUCAGACAGGCCCAUGAGGAUCACUAAGGUGUCGCCCCAGCGGAAAGAGACCAUCCGAUGCCAAGCCAGGGUGGAGGCAGAGCUUGUUAAUGAGUUUAUCGCAUAUAAGCAAUGGACAAGGACGUUUCUCCACGACUGGCUUAGCUUGCUCUCGUGUAAAUCGCCAUUAUACUGCUUGCCAGCUCAAUGGGAAGAAUGGCUACAGUCUGAGAUGGGUUGUCAGCUCGGACCCCUUCGAGACAAUAUUAAUGACUCCCAGUCAUCAAAAGAGAAUCUGCUGAAAACGAACCUAAGUAACGGUCGACUGCCGGUAUUCACUGCACUACCUCCACAAGGAGAGGCUGUUGAAGUCCUCAACACGUUCUUUACCUAUACUAAAGACGUAUUUCCCCUAUUCCACCCUGAUACUUUCACAGAUCUUCUGCAUAACAGCUAUGAGCGAAGGCGACCACGGGAUCCAUCAUGGUGGGCUGGCCUGAACAUAGCGUUGGCAAUUGGCUAUCGCUACCGAUCCCUGCACCAGCAUGACCAGAGUGGGGCUAGAACCAAGUCGAACGUAUACUACAAAAAUGCACUUGCCACUGUGCCCGAGCUUCUACUACGCAGGCCUGACUUGAUGGCUGUUCAAGCACUGAUAGGCAUAGUUUUUCUUUCAUGCAAUGGGUUUGACACGCCCAUGUAUCAGAAUAUAUUGUCUAUCGCAAUUCGUUCAUGCGUUGAAUUCGGAAUCCAUGAUACUUGCGUGGUCCCGCCAUCGUCAUGCAGAGAACAAGAGCAACUAAUGCUGAUUUUAUCUCUUGGUUAUACGAUGGAUGAGCUGCAGGUCUUACCCAGAGAUCACAUUGAACCAGCCUGA